AUGUAUAAACGUGCUUUUAUGUAUAGCUCUAACGCUCCUAUAACAAUAUUCGACGAAAAUGAAAAGGACGAAAAUGAUUCUACAAAUAAAACAACAGAUAUUGAAUAUAAAAAUUUAGAACUAGAACCUGAAUUAAUUAAAACACAUCCUGGCAAUAAAGUAUCAUACUGUGUGUGUUGCAAGGGUAAAACGUUUUUAAAUAAGGAAUCAAUCUAUAAGCACUUAAAAAGUAAAAAUCACUUGAAAAAUGUUAAAAAGAAUGAAAAGAAUAAUGAGAAGGCAAAGAAAAUAAAAGAAGAAUUUCUUAAAAGAAUGAAGGAAGUUGAUAAUAAAUCAUAUAGUACUUAA